AUGGGGUCUGUUUUGAAUGCUCAGACAAAUAUUUAUUUACCAAAAAAUCUUGCUUCAUUAACAAACGAUCUCGAUACAGAUUAUUUCUAUUAUGAUCAUGAAAACGAUAUAAUUAAUUUUAAAAUCUUAUUAAAAAAUCCAUAUGAUUCAUAUCUUAAACAAGUUUAUCCACUUUUAAUCAAUGAAUAUGAAUUAACAGAUGAUAUGAUUGAUGUUUUAAAAUCUUAUACGAAUAGUCAAUCAAAUGAAUGUUAUAUGAAAACAAAUUUAAAUUUAUUAAGUGUUAAUUUAAAUGAAAUUGAUUGGAUUUAUGUGAAUAAAUUACGUUCGUUGAUACGAAGUUUAAAUCAAUUUGAUAUUAAACAUGUAUAUUAUCGUGGUUUAACAUUAACUGAUAGAGAAAUUCAAUAUUAUUUAGAUAAAAGAAAUGAAUAUUACUACACAAAUUCAUUUACAUCGUUUACUAUAGAUCGUCUUCUGAUUUAUUCUGGUAAUGCUAUAUUAAUAUUAAGAACUGAUACUUGUAAUGAUAAAGCAAAGAUAAAUAUUGCAAAUAUAUGGAAAUGGAGCACAUUUAUGUAUGAAAAAGAAGCACUUUUAGCUGUCGGAACAAAAUUAAAAAUUUUAAGUGUCCAUUUCUUUGGUUCUAAAUGGGAAAUUGAAGUUGAAUUAGCAGAAGAUGAUAUAGAUUUUACUGAAGAAAAUGAAAAUAAAAUGUAA